CUUUUGCGAUCUUGUUCGUAGGUUUUACAGUGUUCCUUGAACCCAAAAACUAUCACAAUGGUUGCGGCUAAGAAACAGAAAAAAACCAUUGAGUCAAUCAAUGCUCGAUUAGCAUUGGUUAUGAAAUCUGGCAAGUACUGUCUGGGUUAUAAACAGACAUUGAAAACUCUCAGACAAGGCAAAGCUAAACUCGUCAUUGUAGCCAAGAAUGCUCCUCCGUUAAGGAAAUCUGAGAUUGAAUAUUAUGCACUAUUAGCCAAGACAGGUGUACACCACUACAGCGGUAAUAACAUCGAACUGGGAACAGCAUGUGGCAAGUACUACAGAGUGUGCACCUUAGCGAUUACGGAUCCUGGUGAUUCUGAUAUCAUUACAACGUUGCCAGAAGCAACUGCCUAAUUUUAAUAGAUCUUAUAACC